CAUCACGCCCGCGCUGCCGGCCUUGCCGGGGCUUCAGUGGCGCCGGCUCCUUCUCUGCUGUUGUGGUGAGCGGGUAGCGAGGAGGUCUCCGGUGACCCCGGCCCAGCGCAGGCAGUCUGCGGAGGGGUCCAGUCCCGGCGGUGGCCUCCUGUCCUCGUCAUUGACCGCCAGCUGGCAGGCCUGGCCGCGCCCCCGCGGGGAGAACUUCUCCGGGCCAUGUCCAGGCCGAGCAGCGUCUCCCCGCGGCCGCCCGCUCCUGGCAGCGGGGGCGGCCCCGCUCCGGGCGGCCCUGGGGGCGGACGCCGGGCCAAGGGGCUGAAGGACAUUCGCAUAGACGAGGAGGUGAAGAUCGCGGUCAAUAUCGCUCUGGAGCGCUUCCGCUACGGGGACCAGAGAGAAAUGGAAUUUCCUUCUUCUUUGACCAGUACUGAAAGAGCCUUUAUUCAUCGAUUGAGUCAGUCUCUUGGUUUGGUCUCUAAAAGUAAAGGAAAGGGAGCAAAUAGAUACCUAACUGUGAAGAAGAAAGAUGGAUCAGAAACAGCUCAUGCAAUGAUGACCUGUAAUUUGACUCAUAAUACAAAACAUGCUGUUAGGAGCCUAAUUCAGAGAUUUCCUGUCACCAAUAAAGAGCGUACUGAACUUCUGCCUAAAACAGAAAGAGGAAAUGUGUUUGCAGUUGAAGCUGAAAACCGGGAAAUGAGCAAAACGAGUGGGCGACUCAACAAUGGCAUACCUCAGAUUCCAGUGAAAAGAGGAGAAUCUGAAUUUGAUUCUUUCAGGCAGUCUCUGCCAGUGUUUGAGAAACAAGAAGAAAUUGUUAAAAUAAUUAAAGAAAAUAAAGUAGUUUUGAUCGUAGGAGAAACUGGGUCUGGAAAGACUACACAGAUUCCUCAGUUCCUUUUAGAUGAUUGCUUUAAAAAUGGUAUCCCCUGCCGUAUAUUUUGUACCCAGCCAAGAAGGUUAGCGGCUAUUGCUGUGGCCGAAAGAGUUGCUGCAGAGAGAAGAGAAAGGAUUGGUCAAACAAUUGGAUAUCAGAUCCGAUUAGAAAGCAGGGUUUCUCCAAAGACACUUUUGACAUUUUGCACUAAUGGGGUGUUGCUUCGUACAUUGAUGGCAGGAGAUAGUACACUGUCAACUGUAACACAUGUCAUUGUGGACGAAGUACAUGAAAGGGAUCGAUUUAGUGAUUUUUUACUUACAAAGUUAAGAGAUCUGUUGCAAAAGCACCCAACUUUGAAACUUAUUCUUUCUAGUGCCGCCUUGGAUGUAAAUCUUUUUAUAAGAUACUUUGGAAGUUGUCCAGUGAUCUAUAUACAGGGAAGGCCUUUUGAAGUAAAAGAAAUGUUUCUGGAAGACAUCUUGAGAACUACUGGAUACACAAACAAAGAAAUGUUAAAAUACAAAAAGGAAAAACAGCGAGAAGAGAAGCAACAAACUACUCUUACAGAAUGGUAUUCAGCUCAAGAGAAUACUUUCAAGCCUGAAUCUCAGAGGCAGAGAACAGUUCCGAAUGAGACCGAAGAGUAUGAUUUGUUGGAUGACGGGGGCGAUGCUGUUUUCAGCCAGUUGACAGAAAAAGAUGUGAAUUGCCUUGAACCGUGGUUAAUAAAGGAAAUGGAUGCUUGUCUUUCUGACAUAUGGCUACAUAAAGACGUCGAUGCCUUCGCUCAGGUCUUUCACCUUAUUUUAACUGAAAAUGUUAGCGUUGAUUACAGGCACAGCGAGACCAGUGCAACAGCUCUGAUGGUCGCUGCUGGACGAGGCUUUUCCAGUCAAGUAGAGCAGUUAAUCAGCAUGGGAGCCAACGUGCACAGUAAAGCAUCGAAUGGCUGGAUGGCUUUAGAUUGGGCGAAACACUUUGGACAGACUGAAAUUGUGGAUCUUCUGGAAUCUUACAGUGCUUCACUGGAAUUUGGAAAUAUGGAUGAAAGUUCUUUGGUUCACACAAACGGGAGUGACCUCAGUGCAGAAGACAGAGAGCUCCUGAAAGCGUAUCAUCACAGUUUUGAUGAUGAAAAAGUAGACUUGGACUUGAUCAUGCACCUUCUAUACAAUAUCUGCCAUGGUUGCGAUGCUGGUGCAAUAUUAAUAUUCCUACCUGGGUAUGAUGAAAUUGUUGGACUGAGAGAUCGCAUCCUGUUUGAUGACAAGCGGUUUGCUGACAACACGCACAGAUAUCAAGUCUUCAUGCUUCAUUCAAAUAUGCAAACAUCUGAUCAGAAGAAGGUAUUGAAAAACCCACCUGCCGGUGUUCGAAAAAUAAUCCUUUCCACCAACAUUGCUGAAACCAGCAUCACAGUCAAUGAUGUUGUCUUUGUCAUUGAUUCCGGUAAGGUGAAAGAGAAAUCCUUUGAUGCACUGAAUUUUGUUACAAUGUUAAAAAUGGUGUGGAUUUCCAAAGCUAGUGCCAUACAACGAAAAGGCAGGGCAGGGAGAUGUAGACCUGGAGUUUGUUUCCGGCUCUUCAGCAGACUCCGAUUCCAGAAUAUGUUGGAAUUUCAGACUCCAGAACUUCUGAGAAUGCCAUUACAGGAACUUUGUUUACACACUAAACUGUUAGCCCCAGUUAAUUGUCCUAUUGCUGAUUUCCUGAUGAAAGCUCCUGAACCUCCACCUGCUUUAAUUGUAAGAAAUGCUGUACAAAUGCUUAAGACAAUAGAUGCGAUGGACGCGUGGGAAGAUCUCACUGAGCUUGGCUAUCAUUUGGCCGACCUGCCCGUCGAACCCCAUCUUGGAAAAAUGGUCCUGUGCGCUGUCGUGUUAAAGUGUCUGGACCCCAUCCUGACGAUUGCCUGCACGCUGGCCUAUCGAGACCCUUUCGUGCUGCCAACCCAGGCCUCUCAGAAGCGCGCAGCUAUGCUUUGUAGGAAACGCUUCACCGCGGGAACUUUCAGUGACCACAUGGCACUGCUCAGAGCAUUCCAGGCGUGGCAGAAAGCACGAAGUGAUGGGUGGGAGCGCGCCUUUUGUGAGAAGAAUUUUCUUUCGCAAGCUACCAUGGAAAUAAUCAUCGGCAUGAGAACUCAGUUGCUUGGUCAACUUAGAGCAUCAGGUUUUGUUAGAGCACGAGGUGGUGGCGACAUUCGAGAUGUGAACACAAAUUCCGAGAACUGGGCUGUCGUGAAAGCUGCGUUGGUGGCAGGCAUGUAUCCUAAUGUAGUCCAUGUGGACAGAGAGAAUGUGGUACUGACAGGGCCAAAGGAGAAGAAAGUUCGGUUUCAUCCCACUUCAGUUCUCAGUCAGCCUCAGUAUAAGAAGAUUCCUCCAGCCAAUGGUCAGGCUGCAGCAGUUCAGGCCCUGCCUACAGAUUGGCUUAUUUAUGAUGAAAUGACCCGGGCGCAUAGAAUAGCUAACAUCCGCUGUUGUUCAGCGGUGACACCCGUCACUGUAUUGGUAUUCUGUGGGCCAGCGAGGUUGGCAAGUAAUGCUCUCCAGGAACCGGCAUCGUUUCGAGCAGAUGGUGUUCCUAAUGACAGUAGUGAUAGUGAAAUGGAAGAUAGAACUACUGCUAAUUUGGCAGCUUUGAAACUUGAUGAGUGGCUUAAUUUCAAACUAGAGCCUGAGGCAGCUAGUUUAUUGCUGCAGCUCAGACAGAAGUGGCACAGCUUAUUUUUACGCCGAAUGAGAGCUCCAUCGAAACCUUGGUCUCAAGUUGAUGAAGCUACCAUAAGAGCAAUUAUAGCUGUGUUAAGCACCGAGGAACAGUCUGCAGGUUUACAGCAGCCGUCUGGGAUAGGCCAGAGGCCAAGGCCUAUGUCUUCAGAAGAACUUCCUUUGGCAUCAUCAUGGAGGUCCAAUAAUAGCAGGAAAACUUCCACAGAUACUGAAUUUUCUGAGGAGUCUGCCACUGCAGAAAGAGUAUUGAUGAAACCUCCAUCUCCAGCACUGCACCCACCUCAGAAGUACAAAGAUAGAGGAAUUUUACAUCCUAAACGAAGCACCGAUGACCGAUCAGAUCAAUCUUCUGUGAAAUCUACAGACAGCAAUAGUUACCCGAGUCCUUGUGCCAGCCCUUCUCCUCCAUCCUCAGGAAAGGGCUCAAAAUCUCCUUCACCAAGACCAAACAUGCCUAUUCGAUACUUCAUAAUGAAGAGUAGCAAUUUGAGAAACCUUGAAAUUUCUCAACAGAAGGGUAUCUGGUCUACAACCCCUAGUAAUGAGCGGAAGCUAAAUCGAGCCUUUUGGGAAAGCAGCAUGGUUUACUUGGUAUUUUCUGUUCAAGGAUCUGGACAUUUCCAGGGAUUUUCUAGGAUGUCUUCGGAGAUAGGAAGGGAGAAGAGCCAGGACUGGGGCUCAUCUGGACUGGGAGGAGUGUUCAAGGUGGAGUGGGUCCGGAAGGAGAGCCUGCCCUUCCAGUUUGCACACCAUCUACUCAACCCCUGGAAUGACAACAAGAAAGUCCAGAUCAGCAGAGAUGGCCAGGAGCUCGAGCCUCAGGUUGGCGAGCAGUUGCUCCAGUUAUGGGAACGCCUUCCAUCGGGAGAAAAAGCCACAGCUGAUUGACCUGAACUCAGGUCUCUUAGCUACAGAAGAACAUUGCACCUACUUAUAACCACUGAAUGCACGGACUUCUAAAAACUGAGGUGGAGAUAGAUGUGUGUUAUGAAUGAAUGGGCUUUUCCCGUUUAGUGUUACUUUAGAACCACCAUCUUCAUAUAAAAGAGAAAAGGGUAAUUUAAAUUUUUAUAGUGAUCAUAAAGAAGGAUUAUGUAAUGUUAAUUAUAUGUUUAUACUUGAAUAAAAUAGUAGUUACAUUAUUUCACACAACAGCAGUUACUUGAUAAACAUACUUAAUUUGAAGUUAAACAUUUCAUUUGUUGAAAACAGUGACUUAUAACUCUUGUUGAUGAUUUUUUUUUUAAAGCAAAGUUAAUUGUUUCCUUUUAAGAAGGGCCUGAAUGUAUCAGUAUCUCUGAGCUCCAUUCUAGAAGAGUUGACUCUUAAGGUUUGUCAUUAAAAAACAAUCCAGUUCUAAAAAGGUCCCUUUUAAAAAUAGUGUGUGCUGAUUAAGGACCAUCCAUUCUGCCAUUUUAAACCUGAGCCUACGUUAGGAAAAGAAAAGGACAGAUGUUCUUUUUUCUUUAAGAAGAAGUGCAGUAAAAUCUGAAGGAAAUCAGGGUUCCUCCCUGUCUUCGACUGGAUCAAAUUUCACACUUAGUUUUAUUCUUGGAUCUGCCUUUUACCCCCUCCUCUUAUCUCACAACCUUCAUACCUCUCUUACAUGAGCAAGGUAAUUACGACCUCUGUUUUGGCUAAGGAAACUUAGUUUAGACAAGUUACAAAUGUAAAUGAAUUGUACGUUUUACACAAAGUACCCGAGAGUUAGCAGGAGCCUGGGUGGUGUGUGUGUCUCAGCCGAAAGCCAUACCACAGUUCAACAUGCUUUCUAGCACUUUGCGGGCUGCUUGCGUUUUUGGAUUUUUUACUGUUUUGCAUUUAUGGUUUAAUAAUGGGGGGUAAUUUUUGGUAAACCAGCGGUAGUGCCAGCUCUCCUAUUUCCUUGUCUUCUCAGGAGUAUUUGAUCUUCAUACCACCACUGUCUGUAAAGUUUCCCCCGAGGCGUUUUGAAGGGAAAUACAGGUACAGGGAAAUAGGAAAUGGAAGAAAUGUCUUAGUUACUGAGGUCUAAAUAGAACAGCUUUGAUAGCACUUCUCAUGAUAUAUUUGGGUUAUUGAGAAAAACCACCAUGAGUCUAAUUUAAAGGCAAGAAGAAAACAUUUAAGGCUUUUGCUUCUACAUUUGAAAACAAAAUGAAAAGUCAUGGGUCGACAUAAGAUCUUGGGAACCCCUCUUUCUCUUGGAAAGCGUUGUGUGUUUGUGCAGUCAUUUAGAAUGGCAGCUGUGAGUUUUGCCUGUGUUUGUGGUUACUGGGUUUUUGUUGGUUUGUUUUAUACUUUGAGACAUGCCUGUAAAUCGAGCCUGUGUAAAUGAAUUAUGUUCUGCUGCAUGUGUAUUACAGUUUUUUUUCCCUGUUAGAGCAACUUGUGUUUUUUUUCUGACAAUGUAUAUACAUUUUGUUUAGGUAUAUAUUUAGCAGUUUUUGGUAUUCUAAAUUUGGGAGUGAGAAGUUUUAAAAAACAAAACUUGUUUUAAUUUCUUUCUGUUUUCUAAUAUCUAGCUCUGUAUGUAAAUGAUGAGUUUAUUGAUAUUUAAAAUGAACACAAUUUGAAUGUAAUUAAAAUGCUGUUUUCGGAAGAGAUGAACUUUAAAUAUACUUAUUAAAUGAAAUUCUGUUA